ACUCGGUAACCUGUCGCUCAGGUUCCUCCUCUCACAGCCCCGCCCGGCCUAUCCGGCCCAGCAGAGGUCCCGCCUGUCCGGGGAGAGGGAGCUCCACUGCCGGUGAGGCUCUGACAGCGGCCGGGCUGACAGACUGACCUAGGGGACUAGCCAAGCGCAGGCGCUGGCUGCCGGCGAACAGCCACCACUGGGGACACCAUGAGCCAGUCAGGGGCCAUGAGCUGCUGCCCAGGAGCUGCCAAUGGCAGCCUGGGCCGGUCUGAUGGUGUGCCCAAGAUGAGCGCAAAGGACUUAUUUGAGCAGAGGAAGAAGUACUCCAACUCCAACGUCAUCAUGCAUGAGACGUCACAGUACCAUGUCCAGCACCUGGUCACGUUCAUCAUGGACAAGAGUGAGGCUAUUGCCUCAGUGGAUGAUGCCAUCCGGAAGCUGGUGCAGCUGAGCUCCAAGGAGAAGGUCUGGGGCCCAGGAAAUGCUGCUGCAGGUUUAACGACAAAUCAUUGCGACCUGCUGGACGUGGAGUCUCAGGAGGAACUGGAGAACUUCCCGCUGUCCACCGUGCAGCACAGCCAGACAGUGCUCAACCAGCUUCGCUACCCCUCUGUGCUGCUGCUGGUGUGCCAGGACUUGGACCAGAACAAGCCUGACAUCCAUUUCUUUCAUUGUGAUGAGGUUGAGGCGGAGCUGAUCCAGGAGGACAUUGAGAGCGCCCUGGCGGACUGACGACUGGGCAAGAAGAAUCUGUACCUUCCUUUCACCUCUAGGGGACACCAGGAGAAGAUCCGUCAGCGGCUGUCUAUCCUGCCCCCUCCUCAGAGUCCAGCCCCCAUUCCCUAGCGGUAUGCUGGGGAUUCCCCCCAGGCCAAGAACCGCGUGGGACUGCCAUUGCCAGUGCCAUUCAGUGAACCAGGUUAUCGCCGUCGGGAAUCCCAGGAUGAGGAGCCACGGGCCGUGCUGGCUCAGAGAAUAGAAAAGGAAACGCAAAUCCUCAACUGUGCCCUGGAUGACAUUGAAUUGUUUGUGGCUCGGCUGCAGAAGGCAGCUGAGGCUUUCAAGCAAUUGAACCAACGGAAGAAGGGGAGGAAGAAGAGCAAGAAGGCGCCAGCAGAGGGUGUCCUUACACUUCGAGCGCGGCCCCCCUCAGAAGGAGAGUUUGUUGACUGUUUCCAGAAAAUCAAGCUAGCCCUCAACCUGCUGGCAAAGCUGCAGAAGCAUAUCCAAAACCCCAGCGCAGCUGAACUGGUGCACUUCCUCUUCGGGCCUCUGGAACUGAUUGUCAACACCUGUGGCGGCCCAGACAUUGCACGCUCUGUCUCCAGCCCUUUGCUUUCCACUGAAGCUGUGGGCUUCCUGCGUGGCCACCUGGUCCCCAAAGAGAUGACACUGUGGGAGUCAUUGGGGGAGACCUGGAUGAGGCCUCGCUCUGAGUGGCCCCGGGAGCCACAGGUGCCACUUUAUGUGCCUAAGUUCCACAACGGCUGGGAACCACCCCUGGAUGUCCUCCAGGAGGCUCCCUGGGAAACAGAAGGACUAGCAUCUCUGUCCAAUGAUCAGAUGACCCCCAUGAGUCGACUGUCCACACGGCACUCCCCGAAGCACAGCAUCUCCUCUGAUCUCCCCCCAGAAGACAUUGCACCGCCAGGCAGCUCCCCACAUACUAACAGGGGCUACCAGCCGACACCAGCCAUGGCCAAGUAUGUGAAGAUCCUCUAUGACUUCACAGCACACAAUGCCAACGAGCUGUCUGUGCUCAAGGAUGAGGUCCUGGAGGUGUUGGAGGAUGGCCGGCAGUGGUGAAAGCUGCGGAAUCGCAGUGGCCAGGCUGGCUAUGUGCCCUGCAACAUCCUGGCUGAGGUUUCGGCAGGAGGUGGUGCCACCUUGGAACAGUCUGGUCAGAAAUACUGGGGUCCUGCCAGCCCCACCCACAAAGUGCCCCCAAUGUUUGCAGGGAACAAAGAAGAGCUAAUCCAACAUAUGGACGAGGUCAAUGAGGAGCUCAUGAAAAAGAUCAGCCACAACAAGGGACAACCGCAGCGUCACUUCCGCGUGGAGCGCAGCCAGCCAGUGCACCUGCCACUUACCUUCCAGUCAGGUCCCAACGAAGUCCGAGCCUGGUUGGAAGCCAAGUCUUUCAGUAGCAGGAUCGUGGAGAGCCUGGGAAUCUUGACUGGGCCCCAGCUCUUCUCCCUCAAUAAGGAGGAGCUGAAGAAAGUGUGCGGGGGAGGCAGUCGUGUGUACAGCCAGCUCAUGGUUCAGAAGGCUUUCCUGCAGAAAAGUGGGUCGGAACUGGAGGAGGUUAUAGACAAGAUUAAUCCCAAGAACCAGAGGAAGGCGGAGGACAGCUAGACCAACCUGCAUACUUCGCCAGAGGCAGAGGGGAGGUCGCAUCUGUAGCAGGCCCAACCCUAAUGCAUGGAGUAUUAUUUUUAUAUGUGUUUUAUUUUAUACCAAGGACACAGAUGGGCUGGGUGCAGCUGGCUCACCUGCCUUCAGGCAGGGUCCUGUGCACUGGCCCAGCGACACCUGUGGGUGGCUCCUUUGCCUCCCUGCCCCCCAGCCCCAACCCCAAUCCAUUUUCUUCUCUCCAAACCAAGGCUAGCCUCAGCCAAACCUGUACCUGGCAGUGCCAGUUCCCCCUCAAUCUGCUGCCAAGGCCCCGGGACUCUCCAGGUGGGCAAGGCCUCUUUCCCUGUGUACAUGGAGGCUCCUGUCCCUUCUGAUGCUGGGCCCCAAACUCCACACCUCUCCCUUCUGUUGCUUGCUCUAAAUUCUUCUGCCCCCUCACCCACUGCACUAACUGCACAAUGGGCCUGAAUUCCCAGCUGUCCAGCUUGAUGACCUUGCCCACUCCCUUCACGCUGCUAGCACCCCAAGAACAACCCGGUCAGAGGCUCCGGGAUAGGAGGCCUUGGGUGCCCUGCUGGUAUCGAGUAUGCUGUACUCUCUAUUCUUUCAAGAUCUAAGAAUGGACUAGAAAUAGGUACUGACUUCAGAUGUCCGAUCCCACCUAAAGGGCCUGGGACAACAGCUGACUCUGGCUGUUUUCCCGCCAGCCUUUGUGCAGGUGGCUGGUGAGCUUCCCAGCACUGGAUGGAGCCUCAGACCUAGAGAUGAGAGUCGGGGACUCCACAGCUAUGUCAAUAAACCAGUUGUCUUCUAGCAA